GUUUUCUCUUUCCAGCCGGCGUCCAGCCAUGGGCAUCUCCCGGGACAACUGGCACAAGCGCCGCAAGACCGGAGGCAAGAGAAAGCCCUACCAUAAGAAGCGGAAGUAUGAGCUGGGGCGCCCGGCCGCCAACACCAAGAUUGGCCCUCGCCGCAUUCACACUGUUCGAGUCCGGGGAGGCAACAAGAAGUACCGUGCUUUGAGGCUGGACGUGGGCAACUUCUCCUGGGGCUCAGAAUGUUGUACUCGGAAAACCAGGAUCAUUGAUGUUGUCUACAAUGCAUCCAAUAAUGAGCUGGUCCGUACCAAAACCCUGGUGAAGAACUGCAUCGUGCUCAUAGACAGCACACCAUACCGGCAGUGGUAUGAGUCCCACUACGCGCUGCCCCUUGGUCGCAAAAAGGGAGCUAAACUGACUCCUGAAGAGGAAGAAAUUUUAAACAAAAAGCGGUCAAAGAAAAUUCAGAAGAAAUAUGAGGAAAGGAAAAAGAAUGCCAAAAUCAGCAGUCUUCUGGAGGAACAGUUCCAGCAGGGAAAACUUCUUGCAUGCAUCGCUUCGAGACCAGGUCAGUGUGGCCGAGCAGAUGGCUAUGUUCUAGAGGGCAAGGAGCUGGAAUUCUAUCUGCGGAAAAUCAAGGCCCGAAAAGGCAAAUAAAUCCUCAUAUGCUCGUGUAAUAAAGGUCUAUUGUUCUAUGUCCUCUGUU